AUGGGACCUAUCAGAGAUGUAGACGAGCUCCUUGAGCAGUGCGCUGGACAGCCAGUCAUCAUCGGAGCAGAGGACACCACUCUGGAGCUCAACUUGACCGAAACCAAGGUUAAGCGACUAUUUUCUGGUGCUGUUGAAGUUCAGAUGUGCCUUGUUGUCCGGAAUACGCCAAUCACAAGUCUUGUGUUCCCGAAGCUGAAACGAUGGAAAGCCUGUGCACCAAACAAGCCGGCAAUAACUAUCGUAAACAAUGUGCAUCUGAAGCAAGUUGUUUUCCCCGCCUGCCAGGAUAAAGGAUGUGUUGAGCGUGUGGUGAUUGCCGGCAAUCCAGAACUUCAUCAACAAUACAUCGAACAAAUUCGUCAAUGGUGCAUCGGUUGUCACCUACAGAACUACGUGCCAGCCUGUGGUCUUGGCAAUAAUCCGUUCACAGUCAAGCAGUUCGUGAAGGCUUGCGCUGGCAAACAGAUUAUCAAACAAUCAGAACAUUCCGAGAUCAUCAUAAGAUCAUCGGAAGUGUCUGAAGUUGAAAUGAGUAACUUCUGCUCACAAGCCAUCUACAUGGAAGCUUGCAUCGUUAUCGAGAACUCAGCAUACAGGUCAUUCCGCUGUCCAUACCUACAAGAAAUACGAUCAUGCCGAGAAGGUAGACCGGCCAUCACAAUUAUCAGUAACUCCCAUCUGGAAAUGGUGCACAUUCCUCCGUCAGUGAGUUAUUCGUGGGGUCAGAAAAUCAUGGUCGUAAAACAGAAUGCAAUUCUUUCAUCUAAAGUAAUUACUACGCUGAAGGAGAUCUGCCCACAGUGUGAAAUCGAGCCGAUCCGCUCAAGGUGCAGUGGACUAAAUGGCAUUGGAAAUAUUGAGGCGUUCAUCGAGAAAUGUGCAGGAGAGCCAAUAAUCACCGGUCAAGGACUAGUAAUUGAGAAGGAACUCACAGAGACCCAAAUAAAUCGCUUAUUCUCUGCUGCUGUGGAAGUACAGAUGUGCCUAAAAAUCGACAGUACUCCCAUCAGGAACCUGGUAUUCCCGAAACUGACCCUAUGGAAAUCAUGCGAUAGUGGAAAACCCGGCCUCAUAGUGAAAAACAAUAUGCGUCUCACACACCUUCAAUUCCCAUCAUGCAAGAGGCAUGGAUGUAUCGAGAGUGCUGUGAUCAGAGGAAAUCCAUAUCUAGCGGAGGAGCAGUUCAAAUCAAUCAGCAUAUGGUGCACCAAUUGCGUCUUUGAAGAAUCAUCCUUAGCUUGUGGUAUCAAAAAACCGCGCUACACUGCCAAAGAGUUCGUGAAAGCGUGUGCCGGAAGAGAAAUCAUCAGACCAAGAGAUGACUAUUUCGUUGUUAUCAAUGCUGUGGAAUUUGCUGAAGAGGAACUGAACAGAUUCUGCUCGAACGCCAUUUUCAUGCAAACUUGCAUUGUCAUCACAGGAACAACAAUGAAAGGCCUUAGCUGUCCAAAUCUGCGGGAGCUCAGAUCGUGUCAGCCUGGACGACCUGCCAUUACUAUCACGAGAAAUGAAGAGUUCAAAAUCCUCUCUAUUCCUAUGACAACGGUCUAUCCUGAACGCGAACUAAUUGUUGAGAUCAAGGAGAAUCCACAAAUGUCAAUCACCCUGAUUAACACACUGAAGAGAUGGUGUACACACUGUGUCAUCAUCCCAGGUGUUUUCAAGAAGAGAGCAGCUCCACGCCUACGGAAAUGUCCAUUGGAGGCUCGUCGAUAUAGCGACAAAGAGUUGAUAGCUAUCUGUGCUGGAGCGCAAAUCAUCAAACCGCAUUCUCGAUUUUACCUAACCGUAUCGUCAUCCAAAGUGACAGCAGAAGAAAUGAACGCGUUAUUCUCGGAAGCCGUUUACAUGGAGAUAUGUAUUACGGUAGUCAAUUCCGACUACAAGAAACUACGGUUCCCACAUCUACGAGAAAUUCGGCCAUGCUUACCAGGAAGACCAGCUAUGAGAAUCGUAGGAAAUUUGCAUCUCAAGGAAUUCCACAUUCCUCGCUCAAUCACCUUCGAAAAAGACGUCUCGAUAUUCGAAAUCGCUGAAAAUCCCCAUGUUUCUGUAGAAACUAUUGAAUGGCUGCAGCAGAUUUGUACUUCUUGUAGAAUAACGGCGAACUUAGGUUGUGACUUGGAAGGCCGAAUUUAUUCUGAGAAGGAACUAGUAGCAGCUUGUGCCGGAAAGAGAAUCAUACGUCCAGCAAAGGGAUUCAUGCUUAUGCUUUCGUCCGAUUCAACCACGGAAGAGCAAGUAAACGCUAUGUGUUCAAAAGCCGUCUUCAUGGAGAUCUGUAUCGAUAUCACGCGAUCGGACUUCAGACGCCUUAGCUGUCCACAUUUGAGAGAGCUGAUGCCAUGUGAACCAGGUCGACCAGCGAUUCGAAUUGUGAACAACUACAACUUCGAUACUCUUGAAAUACCUUAUCGUUUCUCCUUCAAUAGACAAGAAAAGAUCAUCGAAGUUCUCGACAAUCCGCGCCUGUCCACUCGUGUCAUCAACAAACUCAAACGACUAUGUCCUGCAUGCAAAAUCGGUACCAAUGUCGUGUGUGGUCUUGAAAAACGGAAGUACUCAGAUGAAGAACUGGUAACAACCUGUGCUGGAAAGAAGGUCAUCAAGCCUGCUCAAGGAUUCUUCUUAACCCUCAGCAGCGAGAAUAUAUCCGAAGAACAGAUGAACGCUUUCUGCUCCGAAGCUGUUUAUAUGGAAAUCUGCAUAACUAUCUCAAAUUCCAACUACAGAUCCCUGCACUGUCCACAUCUACGACAUAUGAGAUCAUGCAGAAAAAAUGAACCCUGGCUCUCCAGAUCGCAACAACCUAGCCUCUACAAGCAUUACAUCUCUCAAUCUUGCUUAUAUUCGCUCCAGACGAAAAAACAUGCCGGUGCCCUCCGAAAUCCGCAGUUGAACCCGAUUCGCUCAGGCCUAAUAUCCUCUGCCCUUAAGUUAAGAUAG